GAAGUAUCCAUUGAGCUUACCCUGCUCCACGGACAUAUUUAAAAGUUCUAACACGCGAUAAAGCCAAAAGAAACUGGGUACUCUUGAAAUCAGCCUUAUGACAUCAUGGACGGUGCGGACAUGUAUACUUACACACUUAUUCUAUUAAGUUAAUGCCGAAAUGCCUACGAGGAUGAUGGGAGCGCGCGGCGCCGGCGCGGGCGCUGAUGACGUCAGCGUGGCCGACAGCCCGCUGGCCACCAUCGAGUCGCUCACGCAGGCCGCCAUCAUAGCCGUCAUGGGCGUAGCCAUCGUCGUCUCUAACCUUCUUAUAAUAGCUUCCUUUCUCAACUUUAAAGGUAACAGUCUGUCGAAUGAAGUGAUCAACUACUACCUGCUGUCGCUGGCAGUGGCCGAUCUGCUGUGCGGUUUGUUCGUGGUGCCGCUGUCGGUGUACCCGGCCAUCACGGGCCGCUGGAUGUUCGGCGACCUCAUGUGCCGCCUGGCCGGCUACGUCGAGGUCACCCUCUGGUCCGUCUCAGUGUACACAUUCAUGUGGAUAUCCGUUGACCGUUACCUAGCAGUCCGAAAGCCUCUCCGUUAUGAGACGGUUAGUGCGACGGUACAAACCCGCACAAGAAGUCAAUGUUGGAUGGUGUUCACUUGGAUAUCUGCCGCUAUGUUGUGCUGCCCGCCCUUGCUCGGAUACAAAAAAGAGGCCAAUUUCGACAAGGAGACUUUUAUAUGUAUGCUGGACUGGGGCACUACCUACGCCUACACCGCCACUCUUGGGAUCCUUGUCCUCGGGCCGAGCGUUAUCUCCAUUGUCUAUAACUAUUUUUACAUUUUCUCGAUGAAACGCAAGCUGAAUAGUGGAGCCCCGAUCCACGACAAGGAGUACGCAACGGCACUGGCGGAGAACCUUUCGAACCCGAGCCACUGGAUGAGCUUCGUGCUGGUCACCACGUUUUGGCUCAGCUGGGCGCCCUACGCGGGGGUGAGGUUAUACGAGUACAUCACCGACCAAGAGUUGAAAGUACCGAUGUUGCAUUUCGGCGUCGUUUGGCUUGGUAUUAUGAACUCGUUUUGGAAGAUUGUCAUUCUGAUUUCUCUUAGUCCUCAAUUUCGGCUGGCGCUGCGUAUCUUGUGUCUGACGGCGUGCUGCCGCACCAAGGGCCGCCUGCAGGCGGAGCUGAUCGGCAUGGACAACGACGACUGAACUUGAUGUCAUACAUAUGUUACAAAUGGCUACAAAAUUUUAGAUAGAAUUUAUGGAAAUGAUUGACGAGAAAGUAAGUUGACAUCAAGAAUAUGUUCUUUGUAGAACCGACUGACUUAUGUCGGAGCUGAAUUUACCUAACGUUAGAAAGUUUAUAUGUUUUUCAGGACUAGGUACAUUUACGCUAAUUAACUUAAAACGAAUAGAGAUCGCGAUCAUUCCAAAUAGUUACCUGACAGUACACCAAUCACUGUGAUCAUAAAAUUCACGAUAUGGAAAAUAUAUGGUUAGACAUAGAGACAUAUUUUAUUAUACUCGUAAAAGCCGAAGAUCUAGUUAAGCAUAUAAAAUAAUAAAUAUUUUUUCUAGAUAAUGUAAAGCGAAUGAAAUGAAUGAAGAAAACAUGAAAUAACAUUGCUUAUUGUUGUGGUAGUAGGUAAUAAGAGAAUCUCGGUGUUUAUCAAUUUGUUCGGACAAUAAAAUGUUAUCUAAACUGAAUGCAUUUCGCAAUAAAUCCAUAUCAUUUUCAGAAUUGGUUAAUUUUACAUUAAGUAGAUAUUGUAAGCUUAAUAGUUUAGUAGAUUUUGUCUUGAUCUCGGUGAAUCUCAAUUUAAUAUUUUGAGGUCAAAAAGCGUAAAAGAGGAAUAAUUCACAAUUUUAUUUUAGAGUUAGUCAUUAAAUUACGGCGAAAUAAUCGUA